GCCGAAGCCCAACCCCUCUCUCUCUCUCUCUCUCUUCCCCAAACUCCACAGUUUUCAGCUCUCUCUCUCUCACAGAGUUGGAAUUGAUCGAGGCUUCAGGAAGAGGAAUCGAUGGGGAGACCACCGAGUAACGGUGGCCCAGCCUUCCGCUUCAACCCAAAUGAGGUUGUGGAGAUGGAAGCUAUUCUGCAAGAACAUAAGACUCAGAUGCCAGCACGUGAAGUCCUUGUAGCUCUUGCAGAUAAGUUCAGCGCUUCAGAGGAACGGUCAGGAAAGAUUGUAGUUCAAAUGAAGCAAGUGUGGAAUUGGUUCCAGAAUAGGCGGUAUGCUAUCAGGGCGAAAGCAGCUAAGACUCCUGGGAAGUUAAGUGUGUUGCCUAUGCCUCGGGAUGAGUCAACUGUCGUGAGAAAUGUCUCUCAAGCCCCUCAAUCUGUAACUGUUCCUUCAGUUCAAAGUGCAGGAAGGACUGUUUCAGAUAAUUCUCAGUUGGAGUUUGAAGCUAAAUCUGCCAGGGAUGGUGCAUGGUAUGAUGUUGCAACGUUUCUAUCUCAUAGAUCUCUUGAGACGGGUGAUCCGGAUGUUCUAGUUCGGUUUGCUGGUUUUGGACCAGAGGAAGAUGAAUGGGUUAAUGUUCGCAGGCAUGUCAGACAACGGUCUCUUCCAUGCGAAGCAUCAGAAUGUGUUGCAGUUCUUCCAGGAGACCUCAUACUCUGUUUUCAGGAAGGCAAAGAGCAAGCUCUUUACUUUGAUGCUCAUGUUCUUGAUGCACAGAGACGGAGACAUGAUGUAAGAGGUUGCCGUUGUAGGUUCUUGGUGCGCUAUGAUCACGAUCAGUCUGAGGAAAUUGUGCCUCUGAGAAAGGUUUGCCGUAGACCAGAAACUGAUUACAGGUUGCAGCAACUUCAUGCCAUAAACGAAUCAGGGUCCGUGAACCAGCAGAAGGGCGGUGAUCCUCAUACGGGCAACACUUUGAGGGUUUAUCCUCCAAUUGAAACACCACCACAAAAGCAGCAAAAAGUAGAGGUACAUGCAGAGGGUGCAGCAAUGGUUCCCCCUGCUUCUCAUGGUAAUGUGGAAACUAAAGUUCCCCCUGUACCUACGGAAACUAAAAUUCCCCCUCCUGUACCCACGGAAACUAGAGUUCUGCAACCAAAAAAUUCUGAGGUUAGCACUGCUGGUAAUGUGGGAACUUCAGUUGUCCAACCAUCUAAUGUUACUUUGACAAGUGAUGUUGCCACAAACACCAUCACCGGUGGCUCUGGUCAAAAUAUGUCGCUAGGAUAGGCGUGGGUAGUUUGACGUCGUUUGUAACUUUCUUGUGGAUUGUUAUUUGAACUUUAGAUUAAAUUUCUAGUUCAAAGUUAGUUUAAAUUUAGUUCAAAUUUCUUGUCUCUAGAUGGUGGGUAAAUUUUCCAGUUUUGGUGCUGUCCUUUCAACAGCAAAAUAGUGUUUUUCAACCCAGCUCACUACAACUGAGUAAGGGUUCUCCCUUAGGGUCUGCUGGAUUACAAGUUAUAGGAAAGAGUCAAGAGAAAAGGUUUGGGCCAAGAAUCUUGUGUUUCCAAUUACUUUGUUGUUCCUUUGUCUCAAAACCCUUACAGUAUAUCGAAUCAUGUGAGAAUUUUGAGCGAGAUUUUUACAUAAUCCACUGGUUGUAAGUGUUUUGAGACAAGAAGUCUUGAGGGAUUUGAGACAGGACAACUUGUGCCGAAAGAUUGCAAUCCUGUAUUGAGAACUCAGUGGCAUCUUCUGAAACCCUUUUAAGAGAUCCAUAUGGUUGAGUUACCACUAGGACAUGGGAUUGGGAAGAAAAUGACCAGAAAACAAAAGAAGAUUUUUAGCUUUGUUCUUUUAUUUUAUUUUAUUUGCUUUCACUGCAAGAGGCAAUGGAUCUAUGCCUUUGCUUGGCUGCUGGGAAAAUCAGGAAGGCAGGGGAACACAAGGAAACUGAUCUUGCAGUAGCAGAGCCAACUUCUAAAUGAAAUGAGAAAUUGUUAAUGAUGUU